GCAUGCUUACUGUUAUUUUGUAGUAGCAGUUGUUGUGUUUUGAAAAUAAGCUAUUAGGUUUGUUGUUGUAUAUGUAUGCAUAUACAUUAUAGUCUAAAGUGUGUGUUAAAUACUCUGAGAGCUAUUGCAAAAAAAUUUAUGACCGACUAGGAGACUCACGUGAUCCAAGUUUUAUACCUUUGAAAAUUGCUAAAAUUAAUGAUAUUCAUUGGCCAAAUACAUUGUCAUAUAUUCACCUCUCCACUAGUGGAAUCACAAUCUCACAUCACAUCUUAUAGAUGCUUGUGAGAUUAAGGAUUUAUAUAGUUUAUAAGACAACAAUUCAAAAUGACAAGCCAGUUACUAAUUACUCACCCACACAGAUCAGUGAGCACAAUGAUGAUCAACAAAAAGUUAUAUUGACUAUCAGGGAUCUGGUAGAUAUUGUACGAGUGUUAAAAGAUGGUCACUUUCAAACUAUCAAAUGGUUUGAUCUUGGUCUCUACUUGGGUCUGAUUCAUGAUGAUCUGAAGAUUAUUGAGGAUAACUAUCCACGAGAUGCUAAGCAAUGUCUCAGAGAAUGUUUAGCAUUAUGGCUUAAAAAUGACAUUGAAGCAACAUGGAACAAACUAGCUAUUGCUGUUGGUGAAGUAUAGGAGAGACAUCAGUUGCUGAUUAUAUAGUUUCAUUUCCUUGAGAGGUCCAAUAGUGCUAAGAUGACGUUAAGUAGAGCAAGAGAACUGUUGAAGUAAUCAUUAAUGAAUAUACUGAUUGACACUGAUACACACUGAUUCAUACUUGAUUCACACUGAUUCUAUAUUGAUUCCUAGUUUGAGCAGCUAUAGUCCAAUAUAGAAUUAAUCUGUAUUGUUAUUAACUUAAUUGUAUUGUAUUGACUGUAAUAAGAUACUGUACACUGGCCCCUAGUAUAUGGCCAGUGUCAUACUGAUCCAGCAAAA